CCUGGUCUCAUCUGAAGUAUCGCGGGAUCGGUCUCCCUGGGUUACAGCACAGCGCCUGCUUACAUGGAGAGGUUUGAGCGACACAAGACUCAGCUCAUAAACAAUCAGCCAUUCGACGAGACACUGGAUGUCAACGAUUCCGAAGAGGUCGCCAGUUUGUACACACCAACACCACGUCAAACAGUCUUCAGGAGCAGACAACAACUGAAUAACAUGGCCAAUAACAGCAGCGAUGAAUAUGAAGAAGACACAAAGAAAAAAAAGGAGCCACCAGCGAGUCCACGAGGAGCUAGUGCAAAUAAUGAGGAAGAGGAGGAGGAAGAAGAUGAUGAUGAUGAUGACUCAGAUGAAACAGAGUCAGAUGAAGAGGAAGGGGAGCCAGGAUCAGCUCCUGAAGGAGCAUAUGACCCGGCAGAUUAUGACCAUCUUCGUGUUACAGCAGAAAUAAAAGAACUUUUCCAGUACAUCACACGAUACACACCACAGACUAUAGAAUUGGACCAUAAGCUGAAGCCUUUUAUUCCUGACUUCAUCCCAGCUGUAGGGGACAUUGAUGCUUUCCUUAAAGUUCCUCGGCCGGAUGGGAAGGCAGAUGGUCUGGGGCUGCUGGUGCUGGAUGAACCCUGUGCUAAGCAGUCUGACCCUACGGUGCUCUCCCUGUGGCUCUCAGAGAACAGCAAACAGCACAACGUUACUGAGGUGAAAGUAAAGAGUAUUGAGAACCCACAGAAGAACCCCAAAGCCAUAGACAACUGGAUAGAGAGCAUAAGUGAACUACACCGCUCGAAACCACCAGCUACUGUACACUACACCAGACCCAUGCCAGACAUCGAUACCCUGAUGCAGGAGUGGCCACCUGAGUUUGAGGAGCUUUUGGGCAAGGUGAACCUUCCUACAGCAGAUAUUAACUGUGGCUUAGCAGAAUAUAUUGACAUAAUAUGUGGUAUCCUGGACAUCCCCGUGUAUAAGAACCGAAUCCAGUCUCUCCAUGUCCUAUUCACACUCUAUUCUGAAUUUAAAAAUUCCCAGCACUUCAAGGCGUUGGCAGAGGGCCACAAGUCCAACACUUCAUCCGCUCCACGCACCGCUACAGCAGAAGCAGAGACAUUGACAUUAGAGUGAUCCCCACAAUCACUCCCCACCCACAAGGACCUUUUAAAACUGCCCUUAACUCUUUACUGCUGAUCCACCCCCACCACUCCCAUGUGAAAAUGGAGCAUUGAUUUUAUUGCACCUUACCUCUUUCUCACGCAUGAACAUCCUGUUGUGCUUUUCCAAGGGUCAUGACCUUAAUAACACAUCAGCAUUACUUUAACUUUUCUGCAGUCUGGCAAAUGUAUGUAUAAUUAGCUUUAAAGAUUUUUUUUUUGUAAAUUAUUCUAUUCAUUUGUAUGUCGAUGAUUUAGAAGAGUGCUUUUAUUCAUAAACCGUGGGAAGCCUUAACCAGGCUGUUAUAUGACACUAUGCCAAAUGGUAAUGUUUCCUGAGUCAGUAAGAUUUACAAAUAAAGAUUUAUUUCCUCAGUAGCGGUGA